AUGGGCACUCCCAUCCUCGACGCAUUCAACGUCCGCGUCGAAGGCUCCGGCGACAAAUACCUUGUCUUCGCCCACGGCUUCGGCACCGACCAAUCAGCAUGGCAGCGCGUACUUCCUUACUUCACCCGCAGCUACAAAGUCAUCCUCUACGACCUCGUCUGCGCCGGUAGCGUCAACCCCGAUCAUUUCGAUUUCCGCCGUUACACCACUCUUGACGCCUACGUUGAUGACCUCCUUAACAUCCUCGACUCCCUCCAUGUCACUCACUGUGCUUACGUCGGUCACUCAAUCUCCGCCAUGACCGGAAUGUUAGCUUCCAUUCGCCGCCCCGAACUCUUCUCCAAACUCAUCCUUAUCGGUGCCUCCCCAAGAUUUUUGAAUGAUGGAGAAAACUAUCACGGUGGAUUUGAGCAAGGUGAAAUUGAGCAUGUGUUUUCUGCAAUGGAAGCAAACUACGAAGCUUGGGUGAACGGUUUCGCGCCGCUGGCGGUUGGCGCGGAUGUUCCUACAGCUGUUAGAGAAUUUUCUAGAACACUUUUCAACAUGAGACCUGACAUAUCACUAUUCGUUUCAAGGACGGUUUUCAACAGUGAUCUAAGAGGGAUUUUAGGGUUAGUUAAAGUACCGUGUUGUAUCAUGCAAACGGCGAGGGACAUGUCGGUGCCGGCGUCGGUAGCGACGUACAUGAAGGAGCAUAUCGGCGGGAAGAGUACGGUGCAGUGGCUUGACACGGAGGGGCAUCUUCCUCAUUUGAGUGCUCCUUCUUACUUGGCUCAUCAACUAGAGAUUGCACUUUCGCAGUAG